AUGGUCCAACUCACUGCGACCCGGCGCAUAGUAGCAGCCCUCGAAGCUGUAUCUGAUUCACAGCGUUCAGAGCUCAAUCUCCCCGCGACCCUACAACUCCACGAGCCGAUUACACACGAGCAGCUCCUCCGUCUUGCGAAGCAUCUCCAGAAUGACGCCGCAUAUCAAGCCACCACCACCACCAGCGAGACUCGCUCUACUGUACUAAACACAUUACUCCACGGGACAAAAGUCUACAUCCCUCCUCCCCCAAAGAAACCCGAACCCAGCCCGGAAUACCUCGCCUCAAAAGCACACCUCCUCGCCGAAGCCGAAAAAGCAGCCUACCAGCGCCUCCUAAACCCAACCUACACACCAACCCCAGAACACGCCGACCCGCACGCCUCCUCCUCCGCAGAAGAAGACACCCUCACCCCGAGCUUAGUCUUCAACAUCUUCCUCUCCGUGGUAAUAACCGGAUUCAGCGUAUACUGGGCGCUAACCAAGUUCACCAUGCCCGCUAUCCUGGCGCGAACAUUCUCUUCGUGGACGGGGCCGGCGAUACGAGAUGGGGAGGGAGGAGGGGGCGGGGGAGGAGCGUCGGAUGCGGUGCGCGUGUUGAUAUCGUUUUUCGCGGCGUUGGCAGUGGCUGUUGCAGAGGCGUUUUUGUAUGGGGCUUAUCUUGAGAAGGUUUCUAGGGCGAAAGCUAGGGAGGGGAGGAUCAGGGAGAGGAAGGUUUUUGUUGGGAGGGUUGAGGGGGAGGGUGAGGGUGAGAAGGGAGGGGAGAGUGUGGAUGUUGAUGGCCCUGUGGGUUUGGAUGUGGAUGAGAAGGAGGAGAUUUGGGGCAAGGGAGUUAAUGGGGGUGUGAGGAGGAGAGUUCGAGAGAAGUGGGAGAAGGAGAAUGCGAAGGAGAAUGAAGGAUAA